AUGCAGGAGAAUAGUGAACGUCAUAUAGAUGAUUCUCAAACCGCUAAUAAUGCCACCACUUCCUUUGCCACGGACAGUUCAACGGAAGGUUCACAAGACGAACUGGGCGUCUCUGCUGAUAAUUCCAAGCCCGCGGAUAACGAUACACAACAACUGAAGGAGUUAAUUGCUUCAUUGGAAGAAAAAUUACAAAAGAAAAAACUGAUUAAUCAGAUCACAGAUAACGAUAAGAUGACUAAGUUUUAUACUGGUCUCAAUUCGCCAAACACAAGCAAGAAAUCACUUCCUCCAAUGGAGCAGUUUCUCCUAGUUUUGAUGCGCUUACGUUUGAACCUAUCCGAACAAGAUUUGGCAUAUAGAUUCAACAUAUCUCAGGGAAGUGUUUUAAUGUUGUGGCCAACUCCCGAAAGUCUUUUGAAUUCAACACCUACUCCUUUCAAGAAGAAGUUUCCCCGAUGCGUUAGCAUUAUUGAUUGUUUUGAAAUUGGUAUUGAAAGAUUUAAACACUUACUAGCCCGUUGCUCAACGUACUCACAUUACAAAGGAAGAAAUACCAUUAAAUCCCUCAUUUCUAUUACUCCUCGCGGAGCAAUUUCUUUCAUUUCGCAAGGCUACGGAGGUCGUAGUACAGAUGUACAAAUCACUUUAGAUCCUAAAAAUCGGAGUAACGAAAAGUUUUUUGACAACAUUAGAGAAGGCGAUGAGAUUCUGGCUGAUAGAGGUUGGCAUUUCUUGGCCGAAGAUCCCGUUUGA